AUGAAAAUUUGUUCAGACGGUCUUGAAAGGUGAAACAGUUAAGUUAAGGUUGCAGUUUCGGUUUGCUUACAGGGAUUUGAAUUGAAAUCAUAAUUUUUUUAUGUUUAUAUAUUAAAAGAAGAACAUUAUACAUAUAUAUAUUCUUAAAUUCGCAUUUAUAUUCUUGAAGUCAGUGAUUCAAUAAAAACCACAAUGUCAGGAGCACUACCCCUUUUACCUACUGAAAUAACUUACCAACAGUUACAGAAAUAUUUUGACGAAAAUGGAAAGACAAUCAACAUAAAGGAGCUUUUUGAUAACGAUCCACAACGUUUUAGUAAAUACAGUUUAAUAAUAAGAACACCUAAGGAUGGUGAAAUAUUGAUUGAUUAUUCUAAAAAUCGUAUAACCGAUGAUGCUUGGAAGCUCUUAUUAAAUUUAGCCAAAGCACGUCGUGUGGAACAAGCUCGCGAUGCUAUGUUGUCAGGCCAGCACAUAAAUAUAACCGAAGAUCGUGCUGUCUUGCAUAUUGCUUUGAGAAAUCGUGGCUCUGAUCCAAUUUUAGUCGAUUGUAAAGAUGUUAUGCCAGAUAUACGUGCUGAAUUAUCUCAUAUGAAAGAAUUUACUAAUCAAGUUCUUUCUGGUGUGUGGCGUGGUUUUACCGGCAAACAAAUUACCGAUGUUGUUAAUAUUGGCAUUGGUGGUUCAGAUUUAGGUCCACUAAUGGUAACGGAAGCAUUAAAGCCUUAUUGUAAAGGUUUAAAAUCACAUUUUGUAUCUAAUAUUGAUGGCACUCAUAUGGCCGAAGUACUUAAGAAAGUCAAUUUUGAGACGACACUGUUCAUAAUUGCAUCCAAGACUUUUACAACGCAGGAAACAAUUACUAAUGCUACAUCAGCUAAAAUAUGGUUAUUAGAGCAUGCAAAAGAUCCAUCUGCGGUAGCAAAACAUUUUGUUGCUUUAUCUACGAAUCAGGAAAAAGUUACUGACUUUGGAAUAGAUAGUAAAAACAUGUUUGGUUUUUGGGAUUGGGUCGGUGGACGUUACAGUUUAUGGUCGGCAAUCGGACUUUCUAUUUGCCUUUCAAUAGGUUUUGAAAAUUUUGAACAAUUGUUGGAAGGUGCACAUUUUAUGGAUACUCAUUUCCAGUCUGCUCCACUAGAGCAUAAUGCACCAGUUAUCUUAGCUUUGCUAGGAGUUUGGUAUACGAAUUUUUAUAACGCCGAAACUCACGCAUUGUUACCUUACGAUCAAUAUCUACAUCGUUUCGCUGCAUAUUUUCAACAAGGUGAUAUGGAGAGUAAUGGUAAAUUUGUAACAAAAUCUGGCUCCCAAGUAGUCAACUAUAAUACAGGUCCUAUUGUAUGGGGCGAACCUGGAACAAAUGGGCAACAUGCUUUUUAUCAACUUAUUCAUCAAGGAACACGGUUAAUUCCUUGCGAUUUUAUUGCCCCUGCGCAAACUCAUAAUCCUAUUGCCGGAGGAGCGCAUCAUAAAAUUCUUUUAGCUAAUUUCUUAGCUCAAACUGAAGCUUUGAUGACAGGCAAAUCAGAGGAUCAAGCUCGUGCAGAAUUGGAGAAGGCUGGCCUUAAAGGACAUAAAUUGAAAGAUUUAUUACCACAUAAGACAUUUACCGGAAAUCGUCCAACAAAUUCCAUUGUUGUAAAGAAAUUGACGCCUUUUAUACUAGGUGUUUUAAUAGCCAUGUAUGAACACAAAAUCUUUACUCAAGGUGCAAUUUGGGAUAUUAACUCAUUCGAUCAAUGGGGUGUAGAAUUAGGUAAACAGUUAGCUAAAGCUAUUGAACCAGAACUUGCUACUGCUGAUAAAAUUACUUCUCAUGAUGCCUCAACAAAUGGUUUGAUUAAUUUUAUCAAAAGUAACUGGUAAUUAUUGCAUUUCAAAUAAAAAAGGCUUUAAGGUAGU